AUGGAGAUGUACCAGCUCUGGGCGCCAUGGACUCGGCUUGAUGAAAGCUUACAGUGGCUGAGACACGCGGCGCCGAAGCCCAAACCGUACCGCGGCGUGAUGAACGUCUCCGAGAAAGCCGAGCUGGAACUGUGCCGACUUCUGGGCAGGAGGCUCCCGGGACGCAGAUUGACCUUUGACCUGGCAGCUUACAUCAGAAACAGGAAGGUGGCGCGGCACGCACGGGAUGUGCUGGCGGCGCCGCGGCCAAUAUCGCUGCGCGGGCUGGACGCGGUGUUUGGUCACAUGAUCACGGUGCAGCCACCAAAAUGGAGCGGGAACCUCCACGUGUCCGGGAAGUCCGUGUUCAGCAGAGUGGUCAGCAGGCUGUCCCUGGAGGCGCCGGCGCGGGGUGCCGUGGAUAUGCGGCUGGCCCUCAGGAUAUGCCGCCAGUUAUUGUACUUCAUCCUCCUGCUGUACACCACCUACAAGAAGUGCGACCUGCUGCUCCAGCGCACCAACUCCACCAGGAACGGCAAAUCUCACCGAGAGCCGGCGAAUGUUCCCCUCCCCCACAGAUUCCCAUAA